AUGUACUAAAUUUAUUUGACUUUUUUAAGAGACAUCGAUGUUGAGUUAAAGAAAACUCUUGAAUCUUCAACAUAAGUUGUUAACGAUCAUAUUCUAUAAAGAACAUGCAAAUAAUAAGAUUUAGAAUUUGUAGCUAAAGUAAGCAAUUUCAAAUCUAUUAGAAAUUAGAAGAUUUCAAAUUUCAAGUUGAUAAAUAUGGCAUAUAAGCAAUAGAAAAGUUUAGAGAUAAUUUAAAAGCUAAUAUAGAAGGACCAAUCUAAGCCUAAACACAUUUUAUUGCAAUGAAAAAUCAAAGGUAAAAAAGCAAGUCUUAUAAAAUUGAUGAUCUAGAAAGAGUUAUUGAUACUAGAAUAUAAGUAAUAUAUUAAUCUAAUUAAGGAAGCAAGUGAAAAGUAGAAACAACAAUUAAUUCAUUAUUUAGACACUUUUGAAGAAGAAUUUAAAAUUCAAAAUUCAGAACUGGCUAAUGAAUAUUAAUAAAUUGAAAAAGAAUUGCAAGAAUUACAAUUAAAGGAUUGA